AUGUGUCCUGUACUGUACUGUACACAUGUUGCGCUUUAUGUAGCUAGGAUAACUUUCUGUCCUUAGCUCUGUGUUGUCGUUUUUUGUUUUGUAGCUAUAUGUUAUGUUUUUUUAUGUAGCACCAGGUUCCUGUUGAAACGUUUUCUCAUUUACUGUGUCAGCUAUAUAUGGAUGAAAUGACAAGACAAGCUUAACACAAACACACACACACACACACACCCUAAUUUAUCAUAUCUCCUGCUUAUUGCAAAACAACACACACAUUAGAGUAUUCUCCAGACACUUACCAGUCAUUUCUCCCGGCUCCGCCCUCCUUACCUUAUCACCUUUAGGUAAUGCUGACUGACAAGCCCAGUCUGAUGUAGUCCUUCACAACCAUGGCAAGGAUGGUUUCAGCACUCAGGAGAUCAAUAGUAAAAGUGAAUUGAAUUGAAUUAGGCACAUCUAAUAAUAAGAAGAAUUUUUUUAAAAUCUGUGUAUUGAGAUUUAACUGCUGACAUUAUACACAAAUGUUUAGGACAUCUAUAUAAUCUUAUAAUCUUAAUUUAUAUAUAAUCUUAUGGACUUUACUACAGAAGUGUAAGAUGAGUUUGGUUAAAAAAGUGUUAAACAUUCAGUUCUUUCUCACUAAGGUGAAAACCGCAGCUGGAUUUCCUGUCAGUUUUUUUCCCUCUUAGACAAAGAAAACGUCACCUAAACACACAAACCACACUCUUUCACUCCUCUCACCAGCUAUAUAAACUGAACAAGGUGAUAUCUGCAUUAAUAUCUUUCUGUUCCUGACCAUCAUCUUUAUCAUCAUCAUCAUCAUCCUCCUUGUCAGCAGCAGUCAUGUUCUAUUGUUCUCUCCUGCUGGUUCUCGCCUGCCUUCAGUCCUUCACAAUGGCCCAGAGUCCAAAUGGACCAAAGACGUGCUGUUUCAGAUUUCAGACUCAACCAGUCCCUAUCAAAUUUAUUGCAGGAUAUGCCGUAACAGACCAGUGUACUAAAUCUGGAGUCAUCUUUACUCUAAAGGGCGGUCAACUGGUGUGUGCAGAUCCUGACCAAAUGUGGGUGAAGAACCUCAAGAACAGAAUUGACGAGCGUCUGUCUUACAGUCAGGCCCAUAUUGGAAAGCAUGACAAACAAGUUUCACCUGCUUCAAACAAUAUACAACGGCCUGACAAAUCAGUUUUAACUCCCUCAGAUAAUAAAGAACAGCCUGAAAAAACAGUUUUAAGUGCCUCAGAUAAUGAAAAACAGGCUGAUCAACCAGUCUCUACUGCCUCACCCAGUAGAAAUGAGCCUGUUAUUACUACUGAACAACUUUCUACUUCAUCAGCCUGUCAGGACUCGGGUAUGGACACAAGUGCGGCUACAAGUCAUCCAACUCAACAGGUUUACACAGAGCAACUGGAGUCUGACGAGACAGAUUCUCCUGUCACACUGAUUACGGUUAAACUGGAGAAGAUGUGUAUUGCUUCACAUACUGGAGGAAUCCAAUAACUGUAAAAGUCAUUAAAGUGUGUGAACAUCCAAAAGCUGGAGCCAUGUUUACCCUACAGGAGGACAUUGUUCAUUUUUUAAUAUUAAAGGAAAUUAAUAUAUAAUUUUCCUUUUUUGUAUAAAUUCCCAAUUAAAAUGUUAUAUACAUUAAAUGAAGUUCAUCAUAAUAUCACAUUUUUGAGAGC